UUGUAUAAAUAAUCCUGAUUGCACUCGGAGUAGCUAGGUAUUGUGAGUAGGCUUCUGUUCCCCCUCUCGUUUACCUUCUGUAUUUCGAUGUGUCUUUUAAAGUAUUUGAGCAUUCUGCUUAUGCUGCUUUUGCCACUGAUCUCAGAGGCAGCUGGGCCGAUCCGUUGCUUGCCCUGCACCGAUGAAAGGAUGGCGCAUUGCCCACCCGUGGGUAAUACGUGCACAGAAGAGAUGGUGAGAGAGCCAGGUUGUGGCUGCUGCCAGAUGUGUGCGCUGUCUCGUGGCCAGUCUUGUGGGGUAUACACGGCACGCUGUGCAACCGGGCUCCGAUGUUACCCUCAGCUAAUGGAAACCAAACCUUUGGAGACUCUCAUGCAAGGACGUGGCAUUUGCAUGGAUAUUGCUGAAGUGGAAAGGAUUCAAGCAAUACAAGCAGAGACACAAACCACUGAGAUCGAAAUUGAGAGUCCCAGCCCAGAUGGAACAGAAGGCACCCAAGCAGGCACCAACUACAGGUUCAUACCUGCUUCUGGACACAGCAUCCCAGACAGACGGAAUUCAGCUGAUGCACAGAUAGGGAUGAGGGCCCGGAUAAACUACAAACAAAAGCAGAGAGAGCAACUAGAUCCUAGCCAUCAAACACACCUUUACCUUCCACCCCAGCCACCACUGGCUGCAAGCAGACAAAUUCCACAUCUGCCCAUUCACCUCCUCCCUCACCAGGCAAUCCUUCCAGUCAGCAACACUUCACCUGCAAGUCGGUUGGGAUCAUCUACUGUACCUGGUCCUCCCAGUGCACCUCCUCUACAUCGGGGCCAUGUCAGGAGGAAAUGCAGCGAGCAAUUGACAGGAUUAUCCAGGCACAACAGCGUACUAAUGAGGACCUCUACAGGUUUCACAUUCCCAACUGUGAUAAAAGAGGAUUCUACAACCUCAAGCAGUGUGAGUCGUCAUUGGAUGGGGAACGUGGAAGAUGUUGGUGUGUUCACCGCUGGACUGGAAAGAGGAUCCCAGGGUCUCCAGAAGUCAGAGGUGAUCCCCAGUGUCACAGGCACGACGUACAUGUUCCAGCUUCGACAGAACCAAAUAAUUGAAGUAUCUUAAGAAACUUAUGAGAUGUUAACAUCUUUGCUUUUUUUUUCCACACGUUACCCCACAGCAUUUGAAGAUGAUAUCUGGAAGGUUACAGUUAUCUUUCAUUAAUAUAAGCUAUUUAUUUCCUGCUUUUUUUUAGUUUUGAGAUUGCAUUUAAGGAAAUCAAACAGUUAGGAUGACAUGUAUGUGAAGUGCCAAGUGAAAUUAUCUACUGUUGCUAGUUGCAUAUGUAGUUCACGAAGUAGCAUGCAUGAAGAUCUUCCUGUCGUGAAUAAUGCCUCACUAAAUUUCCGUCAGAGAAGCAAUAUUCAAGCAGCCACUGCAAGUCAGUAGGUAUGAAUAUAACAGUUAUUGUGAUUAUGAAAGGAAAAUAAGAAUGUUUGAGACUGAUGUCACAAAUGCAAUUGCAGUCAUUAUUAGCUAGUCAUCGACUCCUCUUCACACUUCCAGUCAUCACUUCAGAUGUUAUUUUAAUUAAACAAAAACAUGAAAGUGUCUAAAUUUUCAAAUGCAUUGAACAAAGAAUAAUACAGCCCAGGAACAAGCCCUAUAGCCCACAAUGUUAUGCUGAAUUAAUUACUCUAAUGAUACCUGAUUUAAUUAAUCCAUUUUGCCUGCCCUUGGUACAUACUCCUCUAUUCUUCGCACAUUCCUGUACCUAUUGAACAGACUCUUACGUCUGUAUUGAUUCAGCCAGCACCACCACCCCUGGCAGCACAUUGCAGAUAUCCACCACUCUGUGUAAAAAAAAGUUUGACUUGCACAUCUUUGACCUUUCCCUUUCUCAACCUAAAUACAUGCCUCUAGUAUUAGAUACUAGAUGAAGCUACCCUACCUCUCAUAAUUUCAUAAUCUUCAUUCAGGUUGUCCUGCAGCUCCAAAUAAAACAAUAUACCCUCUACUUCCAUUAGCAUCCUGGUGAAGCUCUUCUGCACCCUUUCCUAAGCUUAUAAUGGAGUGACAAGAAUUUAAUGCAAUACUCCAGAUGCACAGUAACCGUUAACGCCAUCUAACCGUUAGUCAACUGCAAACUUACAAACCCACCCUCCACAUCUUCAUCAGAGUCAUUUCACAGACAGCAGAGUUCCCAGUAUAGAUCCCCGUGGAAGACUAGUCAUGGACCUCCAGACAGAAAAACUCGUUGAGUCUUUGUACCUUCUCUGGACAUGCCAAUUCUGAAUCCAAACAGCCAUGCAUAAUGUUCUGGAGGAACCUACAAUGAGGCACCUUGUUGAAUAACUUAUUAAAGUCCACAUUGAUAAGAUUUACUUUAGCUGCAGGUAAUUUUUGUUGAAGGUUCAGAUUUAAUUUAUUAUGACAUCUGUACUCUUCCUUUUGCAUAAUCCUACAAACACAAUACUUGGGAUAUUUAGUACUAAGCAAGAAAAACAAAUUCAUUUCAUGCUGAGAAGUUGUUUAACAUUGACAAAUGCAUUUAAGGUUAAUUGUGAAAGAAGUUCAUCUUUGGUACACAAUUACACUUGCAUCUCAAAUUUUGAAGUGUGUUAACUCUUUGCACUUAGUCCCCAAACAGGAAGCAAAGCCUUAAGCUUACUUCUAAUGAGGUAUGAAAUUACAGCGUUUAUUUUUGUAAUGAUUAUUAUUGAUUGUAACGCAUUUUACUUCAAUACUCAGACACAUAUUUACUGAUGCAAGUCUGUUCAGAAACUUUUUGCCACUGCAGUAUGAAUGAAAUAAAAAUUCUGAAUCCUGUAACCUUUAGCAUAAACAUCUGGUUAUAACUCAGAAGUUAUAAAUGGAACAUAAUCUUCUACUUUGCUUUCUUUAUUGCAGUGUUAAUGUAACAAAAUUUGUAUAUUAAAAUCAGAAACAAAAAUCUCAGAAUUUCAUAAAUAAUGCUGCCAAUUUAUUUCCUCAAAAUAUGUAACACCCAUCUGGUGAAAUAACAGUGUAUAUUUUACAGAUAGGUACUUUUAUGAUAGUUAUGUCAGAUGUACUGACCCAUAAAGACUGCAGAAUGUAAUGGGAGAGAAAAUUUAAGUUCUUGCACCUGCUGGAUUUCCUGGUGAUGGUGUAUGCUCUGUAACCACUAGAUGGCACUCGCACCUUUGUUCACAUUUUCUCAUAUACUAAUGAUAGAAUUGUUCUCUAGACAUUGUUGUCUUUUUAAUGCAUCUCAGUUUUAUUUAGAAAAUCAUAAUUACAGUGCACAAUUAAAGAAUGGAUGAGUGAAUUUAUGAUUUUUGUAAUAUUGUGAUGCAUGUUAAUCUUUUGGCUUGUUGCUGUAGAAAAUACAAUGCGUCAUAUUCAUUCAGUUUAAAUAAUGUUUAUUAAAAAACAUAAUUAUAUUAAAUACA